AUGGCUGAAUUGUCUAUUAAGUUGUUGGAUCAGAAAUCUUUACGGGAAAAACUAAGUUUAUGGGAUACCAAUAUUGAGCCCAAAGCCCAGCUAACUGAUCGACAGAAGGAUAUUCUCAUAGAAGUGUCAAGUCAGGCCCAGCGUAGACCUCUACCGAUUGAGUUGCCUUUGGAUGAUGUUCCAACACCUCAAUUGGCUGCAAAAGAAGACAAUGCACCUAUUGACACUGAAUCUAUGGUCUUCUUGAAAGGCUCAGAAUUUGGGGAGAAAAUAGAAAAUGCACAACAGUUCUUUUCCUGGUUUGCUGAAAUUGAAGAAAACAUUUCCAAAGAAGAAGAGGUGCCAUACAGGAAUUAUAUUUUGGAACUGGAAGACUAUAAAAAGCAGUGCCAAGAUGUGUUGCAAGAGGUUACUGAUGCAAUUACUUAUCUGAACAACUUACAGGAACAAUAUAAUUUGGUAUCAUUCAAGACUAAUGCCCUUCAUGAAGCAUGUGAACAUCUUCUGGCUAAACAAUCAAGUUUGAUGAAUACUGCUGAAAAUAUCAGCAACAAACUUUCAUAUUUCAAUGAAUUGGAAAGGAUUUCAAGUAAACUUGGUUCUCCUGCUUUUUCUGUAACAAAUGAUUCCUUUGUUCCCAUGUUGGCUCGGCUUGAUGAAUGUAUUUUGUACAUUGCCAGCAAUCCACGUUACAAAGAAUCUCAAGUUUAUUUGGCUCGGUUCAAACAGUGUCUAUCCCGUGCUCUAACCCUCAUCAAAAGUCAUGUGAUCACUAUUCUGCAGAAUGCCUCUCAGCAGGUACUGCCUAAGAAGGAUACACCUAAUGCAGGAGAUGAUGCCUUUACUUUGUUUUAUGGGAAAUUCCGGGCCAAUGCACCUCGUGUUCAUGCUUUGAUGGAGCAAUUGGAACAACGAAUUAAUAAAUCACAAGAGUAUACUCAGAUUUUGAAUGACUGCCACCAGUGUUAUUUUUCUCAGCGUGAACUUCUGUUGGGGCCAAGUGUAGAAUCAACUAUUGCUGAUUUAGCAACUCGAUACCAGAGGGAUCAUUGUGCCUUAAUGCGAAGUGGUUGUGCUUUUAUGGUGCAUGUAUGUGAAGAUGAAUACCAAUUGUAUUUCAACUUCUUCUCCAAACCCUCCCCUCAUCUUGAUGAAAUGUUGGAGAAACUUUGUACAUAUCUCUAUGAUGUAUUCCGCCCUUUGAUUAUACAUAUCAACCAUUUGGAAACGCUAGCUGAACUUUGUGCAAUAUUAAAGAUUGAGAUGAUAGAAGAACAUGUAAGAAACAAUCCUCAGGAAUUGAAGGCUUUUGAGAACAUCUGUGGACAAAUGUUAAUGGAUGUACAGGAGCGUCUUGUUUAUCGUACUUAUAUCUACAUAAAAAAUGACAUUUUCAUGUACAAAGCAGCUUCUGGAGAUUUGGCUUAUCCAGAGAAACUGGAAAUGAUGGAAAGUAUUUCUGAAAAUAUCAGAAAAGACAAAGGACAUUCACGUAAUGCUUCAAAUGCUUCAAGUACAAGCCUGGAAGUGGCACAGAUAACAGCAGGAGACAUUGGAAAUGAAAUCAAAGAGGGAGAAGAGAGUUCCAUCACAGAUACAGUACCAUUUAAUAUGGAUACAAAUGCAUCAAGUAUGCCUAUGUCUCCUGCUGACCUCCAUGGUAUGUGGUAUCCAACUGUCCGUCGAACUUUAGUUACAUUAUCUAAACUGUACAGAUGCAUUGAUCGCACCACAUUUCAAGGCCUUUCCCAAGAAGCUCUUCAGUCUUGCAUUCAGAGUUUAUUGGUUGCCAAAGAAGGAAUCAUUAAACGUAAAGCACUUCUUGAUGGUCAAAUGUUUAUGAUUAAGCAUUUGCUGAUUUUAAGAGAACAAAUUGCUCCAUUCCAAGCUGAUUUCAGUAUCAGGGAGACGUCAUUGGAUUUCAGCAAAAUGAAAUAUGCUGCUUACAGUCUGUUCACAAAGAAAUCACAAUUGUUUGCUCUGAAUAGCAACAAUGCUUUGUUACAGUUUAUCCUUGAAGGCACCCCACAAGUCACCGAGCAUUUUGUUGAUUCUAAGAAAGAUGUAGAUGCUGAGCUGAAAAAGAAUUGUGAAGAAUUUAUACGUCACAUCACAGACUAUUUCACUGAACCACUCAAGUCUUUCCUGACGAAGGCAAAUGUUAUAGUGAAUAUGAAUAAAGAAGAAGGUGCCCAGAAAGUGUCUGUGCGGAACCAGCCAUUUGCUGUGGCUGAAAAAUUGCAUGACGUUGUUGCUGAAAGUUAUAAAAACCUUAAAACAAGGCUCCCUAUUGUCCGACGUAGUAUGUCCCUCUAUUUAGCCAAUAAAGACACUGAAUACAUUCUUUUCAAGCCAAUUAAGGUCAGUGUGCAACAAAAUUACCAGCAAUUAUCUCAGCUUCUCUCAGCUGAAUAUACCAGUGAAGAUGAACAAAUUGUAGCCUGUCCUUCUGCUGAACAGAUCAACCUACUGCUGUCUCCCACAAAAUGA